ACAAUAACGGCGUGAAUGAUUGGUCAUUGCUACAAGUGUCUGCCCCUGAAGUGAUCCCCAAGGACGCCGAAUCUGGCGCAAUAUAGCCCACGCCACCGUAUUUGGGUCAGUCGGAGCCUCCGUCAUGGAAGUCACAAAAGAUCCUAACUCAAACCCGGGUCGCUUGGACGAUUCAGAUCCCGAACUCGAACUCUACACCAUCCCAAGCUCUUCAAGAUGGUUCGCGUGGGACGAAAUUCACGAAACGGAGAGAACAGCAUUCAAGGAAUUCUUCGACGCGAGCUCGAUUUCGAGAACGCCCAAGAUAUACAAAGAAUACAGAGACUUCAUCAUCAACAAGUACAGGGAAGAGCCUUCCAGGAGGCUCACAUUCACCGAGGUCAGAAAAUCGCUGGUUGGUGACGUCACGUUUCUGCACAAGGCGUUCCAUUUCCUAGAGAAUUGGGGCUUGAUCAACUACGGCGCCCCCCCUGCUGCAGACGCAGAGAAGGAGGAGGAGGAGGAGGAGCCGUGCAAAGUUCGCCUCGAAGAAGGAACUCCCAAUGGGAUUCGGGUGGCGGCCACACCGAACUCGUUGAAGCCGAUGUUGUUGCCUCGCGGUGCGAAGACCAGUGCAAAUGCGACCGGGGCUUCUCUCAAAUUGCCGCCGCUCGCCUCCUAUUCGGAUAUUUAUAGGGAUUUGAUUAGGCAGAAAGAGGGGAACUGUGGACUUUGUGGUGGCAAAUGUGGUUCAGGACAUUACCGUUGUACCCAGGAUAAUUUCAUUAUUUGUGCAAAUUGUUUCAAAAGUGGGAAUUAUGGGGAGAAAAGGUCUGCAGAGGAUUUCGUAUUGAGUGAGUCAAGUGAAAACAGUGGCAAGCAUGACACUGUCUGGACUGAGGGAGAAAUUCUUCUCCUUUUGGAAUCUGUUUUGAAGCAUGGGGAUGACUGGGAACUGGUUGCUCAAAGUGUUCAAACCAAGACUAAACUUGAUUGUAUCUCAAAACUCAUUGAGCUGCCUUUUGGAGAGCUCAUGUUGGGCCCUGCUCACAGAAAUGUCAACGUUAGUGGUGCUAAUGGUAUCGUGGUGAACAAUGCAAAACAAGUUCAGUCAUCUUCAUCUGACUACCAAGAAAUUUCAAAAACAAAGGAUCAACCUCCUGAGCUUACAAAAGAAAUUGAGCAGAACGGAGAUGCUGUGAAGGAAAGUCCUUCAAAAAGACAGCGUGUUACUCCCCUGUCAGAUUCCAGUGGUUCACUAAUGAAUCAGGUGGGACUGAUCUCUAAUGUGGUUGACCCUCAUAUCACAGCUGCUGCAGCUGAUGCUGCUGUUUCAGCUCUUUGUGAUGAGAAUUUGUGUCCAAGGGAGAUAUUUGAUGUUGAAGAAGAUUCAGCAAGAGAUCUUGAGGGAGAAGGUUUAGAGAUGGAGAGGUCCUCUAUAUCAGAAAUACCUUUGCCACUGCGUGUAAGAGCCGCCACUGCAACUGCUCUUGGAGCUGCUGCUGCUCGAGCAAAGUUGUUGGCAGACCAGGAAGUCAGAGAGAUUGAACAUUUAGUGGCAACUAUAAUUAAAGCUCAGAUCGAUAAGUUGCUGCACAAGGUUAAACAUUUUGACGAUCUGGAGCUGUUGAUGGAAAAGGAACAUGCUGAAAUGGAAAACUUAAAAGAUUCUAUCUUGACUGAACGGAUUGAUGUGUUAAGGAGAACAUUUAGAUCUGGAAUCACUAGAUGGAAGGAUUAUUCGUAUGUAAAAUCUUAGACCAUGCCAUGUAUAGUUUUGGUGCUCGAUGGGUACGAUUGGACUGUCAUUUUACAUAAGGGUCAACAAAUUACUGUAAGAUUUAUUUACCAUUCAAUAUCAUUUUUCAUCAAUGCCAAUGUAGUGAUGUAAAAUUGAUUAUUUAUUACACCGUAAUCCAGUGAUCAGCUAACAACUUUAAGAAAGUUAAAUCUUUUAUACUAUCUAGACCUUUUCGGGUA